AUGAUUUCCUUUAAAAAUAAUAAUAAUAAUCAUUCAAACCCAAAACCAAAUGGAUCAUCAUCUUCCUCUUCAUCUAUAAAACAAUUAUUCACUGCUCCUAUUAUCGGUAAAACCAACAACAAAAAUAAUAAUACUAAACCAACAACUAUUACAACAACUAUAACAAAAAAUGAUCCAAUUACUACAAUUCCAAAUUCAAAUACAAAUACAAAUACAAAUCCAAAUCCAAAUCCAAAUCCAAAUCGAUCUUCAUUACCCUCCUCAUCCUCACCAAUUCCAAAUACAAACUAUGUUGUUAAUAACCAACAGAUAUAUAGAAAUAGUACAAAUAGUUAUCAACUAAAUCAAAAACCUACAACAACUAUUACAACUACCACAUCAACAACUACAAAUCAACCAACAACAACAACAACAACAACACCUUCUUCUUCUUCCGAUCUUUCAACAAACGUUAACGUUCAUAAUAGAUCACAAUCACAAAUAGUUGAUUUAAGGAAUUUGCUUGUUGAUAUCAUGUCGGAUCCACACCAAGCAAAAUAUUUUACGUAUGCUGGCAGCAUCACUGAAGAAACCGACCCCAUGCCAGUGAGUAGACCCUCACUCAAGGCAUUGUUGACAUUUUUUGAAGAUGCACGUGAGCGACAAGGCUCAUUGAGCAAUAUGGGUGCCUCCUCUUCUAGUGUCAAAACACCACCACCUCCAUUACCACCUCGUCCCGCAUCGUUUAGUAACAGGGCCUCUGUCAAUAGCCCCGAUACAAUGACUGACUUUUCUGAAGCAGCCGAUCUCCUAUUACAACAACAACAUCAACAACACCAACAACAUGAUAACCCAACAGAAAAGACUGCCACCGAAGCUGGAAUCACCAAAAGUCCAAGCUCGGCAAGUAUCGUCAAUGACAAUGCAUCAAGUUAUUCUGAACAAUAUACACAAUCGACAGGUACCAACACUAAAAACCAAGCUCGUUCAACGGUGGUUUUCGAGGAUCUUAAAAAAGAACUAUUUCUCGAAAAGUAUUCUCACGAUCAAUUAAAGUUAUUGGUCAAAUCGUUGCAAGAGGAUAAUAGAAAGUUGAGUCUUGAACUAACAGCUUGGAAACAGAAAUAUGGAAAGUUGUCCAAUAAGAUGGAGAAUGUUAGAUUGUCAUUUAACCAAUUGGCAUUUGCAAUGACUGAUACCUCUACUGAUGACUUGGUGUCAUCUAAACCUGGUAGUACCAACAACAACAGUAGUAGUCAGCUUUCUGUCGGUAGCGGCGGCGGAGUGGAUAUCAAGGGGUCACCCAAGAUUGCACCUUCAUCACCUGCUGUACAAGAGCGUCCACGUGCAGUCACACUUGGUAAAAAGGAUCUCCCACAAACCAAAUCAGUUGUUAGUAUCAAUAUUCCAAAUAGUCCUAAUCCCACAACAUCAUUUAUCUCUACUUCUGCUGCUGCUGCUGCUGCUGCGACCCCAGUUGUACAAGUUACGGCGACUCCAUCUAACAACUCAACCUCUUCACCUUUAUCAAACAACAACUCUGUAAAUAAUAACAAUAAUACCAAUAAUAAUAAUAAUAAUAAUAGUAACAUCAAUACACACAGCGGUAGCUCGAUUAAUGUCACUGUUAGCAAUGGUGGUGUGAACACAACAACAUCUGCCACACCAGUAUUAACAACGACCAAUUCACUUAAUGCUAUACAACAACCAUCACAUAAACGUCGUGGUAGUUCAAACUCUGUCACUACGACCACUCAACUAUCAGGAUCCUAUGGUAUUGAGAUGGACUUUACACAGAAUCUAACCGAGGAAGAGUACAUUACAAUGAUUGAAAGUCGUCGUAUUACAGCACACAAUAUACUCAAAUCUGAAAAGGAGUAUCUUGCCUACCUCCAUCUUAUCAUUGAUGAGUUCCUUACUCCUCUAUCAGCUGAGUCCUACCAUUCGGCCAAUCCAUUCAUCUCUGCUGCUCAAGUCAAACAAGUAUUUAGCGAGAUUCAAGUUAUCCGUGGAUCCAGUAAUCUUCUCAUUGAAGAUUUGGAAAAAUUAUUAAGUGAAACUUCAAAUGUUGGUCUUGGUGAAGCUUUCCUUAAACUUUGUGAUUACUUUAAAUUAUAUUCACCAUAUGUAACCAAUUACUAUACAUCAUUAUCAGUAUUGAACAAAUUAAAAGAAGAUAGUCAUAGAUUCCAAACAUUUAUUCAAGAAAAGGAAAAAGGAUUGGAUUCGAGUUUCUCGGGAUUAGGAAGUCUUUUGUUAUUGCCUUUAAAUAGAAUUGGACAAUACACAAUCUCCUUGACAGAUCUUUGGAAGAGUACUCCUGUUUCUCAUCCUGAUUUUACUUAUUUCCGUGAUGCUGUAACUAAAAUGAAAUCAAUUCUUGAAAGUGUAAAGGAAAAGACAAGAGAAUAUGACAGUCAAAACAAGGUUAGAUUUAUUCAAGAACAUUUAAUUCAAAACAAAGAUUCAAAGUAUAGUAACCUUAAUGAACCACAUAGAAGAUAUGUUAAAGAAGGAUUAUUAACAGAAUCUACAAAGGGAACACCACAACAAUUAUAUGUAUUCUUGUUUAAUGAUUUGAUGGUAGUGUCUGUGCAGAAAAAGACACAAUUCAUGUGCAAGAGAAUCAUUCGGUUGAUUGAUUCCGAGGUGACUAUAGUGUCGGAUGCUGUGUUGGAGGAUAAACCACUCUUCCAAAUCACCUUUACCGUCAAUGAGAGUGAGCCUGUUGGCCAGACAUCCACCAACAAUGUGUUGAAUGGUAUCAUCAAUGGCAUCUCAUCGGCAUCGUCGGCAGUGGCCAACGCAGCAAGUGACUCUGGUAGCCGUGACGAAAUUAAAGAUUCGUAUACAUUCUGUGUUGAGAGCAUACGUGAUCGUGACGAUUGGGUCAACAGUAUCCAAAACCACAUCGCAAUCGAACGUAAAAAGGCUGGUAACCGUCGUCCCGAUGAGACUAGCUGGACGGCCCAACGAGGUGCUAUCGAUUUCCAAAGCUCUGAAAUCAAGCUUUGUGAGCCGAUAGGUAGCGGUGGCUCUGGUUGUACAGUCAAUCGUUGUACUGUAGACGGUCUAACGUGUGCUGUCAAGGUGCUCAAGCUCAAAAACACGCAGACCUACCUCAUCGACCAGUUUGUCGGCGAGAUUAGCAUCAUGGAGCAGCUCAGUCACCAAAACAUUGCAAAGUACCUCGGUCACAGACUGACCAACAAUCCCGACCCCCGACUAUGGCUGUUUAUGGAGUACUACCCCUUCUCGCUCAAGGAUAUUAUCGCCAACCGCACGUCACCGUUCCCAUACGCCGACGCCAUUUGGAUGGCACUCGAGAUUGGCAAGGGACUCGAGUUUUUGCACACUCAAAAGCCAUCACCCAUCAUCCAUCGCGAUCUCAAGCCCGGUAACAUCAUGUGCUCGAUGGACGAGAACAACCGUGUCAGCAAUGUCCGUGUCUGCGACUUUGACACGUCCAAAGUACUGGCUAGCGGUGUCACACUAAAGACUUGUAUCGGGUCACCCAUCUAUAUGGCACCUGAAGUGCUUGACAUUAAUACGACCGAGGAUACAGACGGAUACACCAUCAAGGCUGAUAUUUGGUCAUACGCCAUGCUCGUCUUUGAAAUUGUCACACUUCGUACUCCCUACCACCAAUUCUCGCAUUUACAAGCCAUUGAAAUGAUUUUAAAGGGUACUCCACCUCCCAUCCUCAACAAUACUCUUCCUCCAUCCUUCCAACCCCUACUCGAAAUUGUUUAUUCUUGUCUUGAUUUGGACCCGAAAAAGAGACCAUCUGCCGCUAAGCUCUGUGAAAGACUUGGAAAGAUUUUAAAGAUUGCUCAAAUCUAA